AUGGAUUACAAGACGCUCAACCAUAUCACUAUCAAGGAUAAUUUUCCCUUGCCCAAUAUGGAGCAAACAAUCCAACGGUUGGGCGAAGGAUAUCGAUACUUCACCAAACUGGAUUUAAAGAGCGGGAUUUGGCAAAUCCCUAUCAGAGAAGAAGACAGGAUCAAAACGGCAUUCGUUACCCCAUUUGGGUUGUUCCAAUUCAAUGUAUUACCACAAGGAUUGAAGAACUCGCCUCCCACAUUCCAGCGUGUAAUGUCUACAGCAUUGGAAUCAUGUCGUCAGUUUUGUCAGGUGUAUUUGGAUGAUAUUGUGGUAUUUUCAAAAUCAUAUGAUCAACAUCUAGUACAUAUGAAAAAGGUAUUUGAAUGUUUAAAGGAAAAUAACUUACAAUUAAACCCAUCGAAAUGUUCAAUUGCUCAUUCAAACAUCGAUUGUCUUGGUUAUACCAUCACCAAAAAAACAAUUACGCCGUUGAACGACAAAAUUAAUGCUAUCCUCAAAUUAAGUGAACCAAGAACAUUGAAGCAGGCAAACAAGUCCAUUGGUGCGAUAGCUUGGUAUCGUAAGUUCAUCAAGAAAUUUGCCGAAGUGGCUGCACCAAUUCAUGCAGUGACAAAUUUAACCAAAGCGAAUCGUCACAAGUUCAGACGGACGAAAGAUCAAUCAGCAGCAUUCUAUGAAUUAAAAAAAAUGUUAACAACAGCUCCACUGUUAUUAAAUUUUCUUGAUGAUAGUCGACCGAUAAUCCUGUCAACAGAUCUUUCAGAUUACGGAAUUGGCGGUGUUCUUCAACGAGAAAUCAAUGGCGAAACCCAUAAUUUGUACUAUCAUUCACAAUUGAUAAACAAGGCGGAGAAAAAUUACAAAACGAUUGAGAAAGACGCUCUUGCGAUCUGGAAAUGCUUUGAAAGAAUGAGAUCGUAUAUCCUGGGGCGCAACAUUAUUAUAUGUACAGAUCAUUGCCCAUUAUGUCACAUGAUGGAAAAGAAAAUCAGCAACAAAAGGGUGGAAAGGGUUGCUCUGCUUCUUCAGGAGUACAAUAUCGAACAAGUAAUACAUAUUAAAGGCCGUUACAAUUGUCUGCCAGAUUUCAUGUCACGACAUCCAAUUCCUGAAAAAGAAGAGAUAAUGGAUUUCGCUUAUGGUUUGGAAGUCAGUCAAGAUCGUCCUCCUGUACUCGGGAUGGCCGGUGUAACCACAAGAUCCAAAUCAAAGCUAGAGACAUCCACGAAUCAGCAAUCUAUUCCAGUAUAUCCGUCAACAUCAACAGUCAAGGAUGCAACCCAGAAAUUUGUCCCUCAUUUUGAUAUUACCAGAUUGAAAGAAGAAUAA